AUGUCCGGCAUUGACAUCCCCGACGACCUCAUGAACUCGGCCGCCGCAGCCAACCACCCAGCGAUCACCCUACUCCACGCAGCAUACGGUGGCGUCCCUCUCCCAAUCGACCCUGCGCACUUUCUCCUCUGCUUCAACGUCGCGCGCGAGGCUUGCCACAGCGGCGAAGCAUGGUACUAUGCCAAAGAGCUCGAAUUCUUCGUGAUGCAGCUCUACAUAGAGGCCAUCGAAAACGUCCAGAUUCCUGAACCCAGUCGACUCAUCAGGCGCAACGACCGUCGCUCUGCUGUUCCAAACCAAGACAAUGUGGUCGAGCGGCUCCGUUACCUCAACGAUAGGGCCAUGUCUGGGAUCGAGAGUAUGCUGCAGCCACACAUUCGCCACGUUAUCGACGGCGACAUGACCGACAUGGAGGGCCGUAUGCGCCCCAUGGGGGGAAGGCACCAGCACAACCCACACUCGGCUCGUCCGCAAGGUGUUCUCGACCUUCCUCUGCGCGCCAACCGCUACCGUUUAGCUCCCUCUGGCGCCCAAGAUAACCAGUUGCGUCCUGCGCCCAGACUGGCAGGUCCCUUCCUGGCCAACCAAGACCCUGGCUCCCAACUGGACCCACCUACGCUCACGGCCGCCGAGUUCUUUCUCAGCAUUGACCAUUUGGUCGAUAGCAUGCUGUCGUAUGCCGAGCCUGCAGCUCUGGCCAAGUUGAUGCAGGUCAACGUACCGUUUUACGAACUCGCUGGUCGGCUUCUCUACACCACUCUCACGGUCUCCGGUGUCCAGCUCCACAAGUUCCUCAUUUGCAAUGGCAAAGAGAGUCGAAAAGCCUACAAGAAGAUCCGUCUCGGCAAAUCGAUCCGCAACUUGAGAGCAAAGUACAAGACCAAAGAAGAACGAGACAGCAAGUCGGUCGAAUCGGAGGAUUCCAACCCCAACCCCCCUUCCAUCCCUCGUCCACCGAGGCUACAUUCUUUCGCCUUCAUACGUGUUCUCUCAAUUGGAUCUCAUCGGGGUGUACAUUGCGAGAUAUACGGCCAGGAACUGGCCAAGUUGACACCCAACCUUGAGGUUCUGCGUAUCGUACAAGGUCCCGAGACUCCACUCUUCCUCGGGCACUAUUGCGACCAUUACCCCUGUCGGCUCCUCACCCAUCUCCGUCCUCGCAAACUUGUGUUUCGCAACACUGGCGAUGAACGGUUGCCUAUACCAGGUCCUCGGAGGUGGAUCGUUCCUUCCUCGGUCGAGGAAGUUGUUGUGGUAUUGCCCACGGAUGAGGCAGUGUACGCGGGGACCUAUGCAGACUCCCGCAGCCACUUUGCAGAUAGCUUGCGGGGUCAGUUUACUACCGCGAUCCGGAUUAGCCUUGUCUUCUGCGACGAGUGGGAGGACAUUCCCCCCAAGAACUCCAAGGUAUCCCGGCGCCCAAGCUUCAACUUUGUCGACACAAUUGCGGAAAUCUUGAAAGAAGCGAGCUCCAGUCUGCAAGACGUCGGUCCUCGUUUAUCCUGCACCCAGCCUCUAGUCACGGUCUACGGUCUCGAAACACUCGAUCUGCCACUCACCGACAAGCUGGGUAACAGCAGGGUCUCUCGGUGGGCUGAGCAGUGUCGCACCCACUAUGGCACGGACGAUCCCAACGAUCUGCACGCCGUCGUGAGAAACCUUGUCUUGGAUCCCGAUGGGGUGUUCCCAUUAUCGGACGACCAGUUGGUGCGCCGGGAGAUAGAGUUCAAGACCAAGGAGGAGUACCUGGGUGACCCAGAGCUCCACAAGGGGGAGAUCAGUGCAAUAGCUAGAUGGACCAUGUAG